UCUUUACCUCUCGCUGAGUCAAAGCGAAAGACAUUCUAAUACAAGACUGGCGACAUUCCUCUUAACUUGCAUUUCAGAUCUCAUAAUGUGUAUUAUAACAGAAGAAAACUAAUAUCUCAUUCGUUUCAAUGAACGAGAUCACGCAUCGAGACUACAGCAGGGAAGCGACAGAUUACGCUUUGUUUUAGUCUAGCGGUGCAACUUUGUAUCUUUUUCAAGAGGAGAGGAAAAUAUCGGUCUCUAGAGCAUCGUGGUUCUCACUGGACCGGAGUGUCAUGCUCUUAAUCAGUCAGAGGAUCCAAUGAAAAUGUCCGUCUGCACACAUGAGAACCGCAAAUCCUGCCUCAGCUCGGCGUCCAUGAACAUCUUCCUGUUUCACAAGUCAUCGUACGCGGACAGCGUCCUUACGCACCUCAACGCGCUCCGGCAGCAGCAGCUCUUCACCGAUGUCCUCCUCCACGCCGGGAGACGCUCCUUCCCCUGCCACCGUGCUGUGCUGGCUGCAUGCAGUCGCUACUUCCAGGCCAUGUUCAGUGGAGGUCUCCGGGAGAGCCAGGCCAGCGAGGUGGACUUCAGGGACUCCAUCCACCCAGAGGUCCUGGAGCUCUUACUAGACUAUGCCUACACCUCCCGGGUGGUGAUCAACGAGGAGAAUGCAGAGUCCCUCCUGGAGGCCGGAGACAUGCUGGAGUUCCAGGACAUCCGGGACGCCUGCGCUGAGUUUCUGGAGCGGAACUUGGCAACGUCCAACUGCCUGGGCAUGCUUUUGCUGUCCGAUGCCCACCAGUGCACCAAGCUGUCCGAGCUCUCCUGGGGCAUGUGCCUCAGCAACUUCCCCACCAUCUGCAAGACGGAGGACUUCCUCCAGCUGCCCAAGGACAUGGCCGUGAUGUUGCUGUCCCAUGAAGAGUUAGAGACGGAGGAUGAGAGGCUGGUCUACAAGGCCGCCCUCAACUGGGUCAACUAUGACCUGGAGAGGAGGCACUGCCACCUCCCCGAGCUGCUGAGGACGGUCCGCCUGGCACUCCUCCCCACCAUCUUCCUCAUGGAGAACGUGUCCACAGAGAAGCUAAUCAAUGCCCAGACGAAGAGCAAGGAGCUGGUGGACGAGGCCAUACGCUAUAAACUCAGGAUCCUCCAGAACGAUGGUGUGGUCAACAGCCCCCUGGCCAGGCCCAGGAAGACCAGCCACGCCCUGUUCCUCUUGGGAGGACAGACCUUCAUGUGUGACAAGCUGUACCUGGUAGACCAGAAGGCCAAGGAGAUCAUACCCAAGGCCGACAUCCCCAGCCCCAGGAAGGAGUUCAGCGCUUGCGCCAUCAGCUGUAAGGUCUAUGUUACCGGCGGGAGGGGCUCAGAGAACGGUGUGUCCAAAGACGUGUGGGUCUACGAUACGUCCCGCGAGGAGUGGUCCAAGGCGGCACCUAUGAUCAUCGCUCGCUUCGGCCACGGAUCGGCCGAGCUCAAAAACUGCCUCUACGUGGUUGGAGGACACACAGCGGGUACAGGCUGUCUUCCCGCCUCGCCCUCUGGGUCACUCAAACAGGUUGAGAAGUACGACCCGGUCGCCAACAAGUGGUGCAUGGUGGCGCCGCUGAGGGAGGGCGUGAGCAACGCGGCGGUGGUCAGUGUCAAACUCAAACUCUUUGCCUUCGGAGGAACCAGCAUCACCCACGACAAAUUACCCAAGGUGCAGCUCUACGACCCACAGGAGAAUAGGUGGUCUGUCCCCGCCUCCUGCCCACAGCCCUGGCGCUACACGGCCGCCGCCGUCCUCAACAACCAGAUCUUUGUGAUGGGCGGCGACACAGAGUUCUCGGCGUGCUCUGCCUAUAAGUUCAGCAGCGACAGUUACCAAUGGACUAAAGUAGCAGAUGUGACAGCCAAGAGGAUGAGCUGCCAGGCGGUGGCAUCAGGUAACAAACUGUAUGUGGUGGGAGGCUACUUUGGCACUCAGCGGUGUAAGACUCUGGACUGUUACGAUCCAACACUGGACGCGUGGAACAGCAUCACUACCGUACCCUACUCACUCAUCCCCACAGCAUUCGUCUCCACCUGGAAACACCUCCCAGACUGAGGACUGGACUCAGACUCAACGUCGGGCAUCGGCCUCACGGCUUCAUUGCUAUACUGGAUUAUCUCUUCGAUUAAAGACUGUGAAGGUGCAAGAUAUUCAACGUGAGGAUGGCAAGAAGGCUUUACCGUUUAACAUGAAGGACUGCAGGCAGGUGGACUAUCUUAUUGGAGUAAAGAAACCUGUGGUGUUUACAUGAAGGAUGAAUAUAAUCUCUACUUUAUAUUCCUUCAUUUGUAUAUCCUUAUUUGACUUUAAAGACUAUUCAGUAACUCAAUCAUGACUAUUCAAUAACUCAAUCAUUCCUAAUAUGUUGUGGGCCUAGUGUAUUUGGAGUAAUCAAGCCACUAAGACAGUGUUUACACAGGCAGCCUAAUUCUGGUCUUUUGUGCAAUUAUUGUCAAAAGAGCUGAUCUGAUUUGGUCCAAAUACCAAUUCAUGGACAGAGAAUAAGAACUGGGCUGACUGUAAAUGCAGCCGAUGUCAUGUGGAUUCUCACAAGUGAGGUAGGUAGACUAGGUGAAAAAUCUGUCGACGAGCCCUUGAGCAAAACACUUAACCCUGAUUGCUCCUGUAAGUCUCUCUGGAUAAGGGCGUCUGCUAAAAUGUAACUGAAUUCCACUUGUUUUUGGACUUCAAAAUAACCCAUAAGGACUCAUGGUUAAAGACAUGCCAAAAAUGCACAUGUGGCAGUAGAGAGAUCAGAAAUGACUGUGUUGUUACUGACAUGCAACUGUGGGAAAGGACCAGUAAAGAGGAGAAAAGUAGAACUAGAGAAGAACCUCACAAUCCCUGGCAGGUCACGUAGGAAAAAUGUACUGAAAAUGUUCUUUAUGGGUAAUUUAUAAGGUAAGGGUUAUUUACCUUACGCAGGGACUAAUUGUAUUGUUUCAACUGGACGAUUAUUUAACUUAUUGUUUUUUAUUUUGCUGCUUGUAUUCUGUAACAAUUAUUUCACUUUGUUGCCUUUUUCUACUGUAUUUUUUGUGUGUUUUUACUGCUUUGAGAUUGAAUAAUUGUUUGCACAUGUAUGCCUCUGAUCUGGGAGUAUCCCCAUUCCUUGUAGACAUGGGGAAGAGUAGCUUCCUCUGCUUUUAAUUUAACUGGAGGCUUGCCAAAUAAAAUGGAGACCCUGAAGAGAUAUUGUAGGUUUAGCUAAGCAACAAAUGGAACCCUAUUCCCUAUAUAGUGCACUACUAUUGACCAGAGCCCUAUUCCCUAUAUAGCGCACUACUAUUGACCAGAGCUCUAUGUCAAAAGUUGCGCACUAUAUAGGGCAUAGGGUUCCAUUUCAGACGCUACCAUAUUCUUCAGUGUACAGGUUGCUCUCCAGUUUAGUGGUUGGCUCACUGUCUCUAGAACAUAAAGGCUAUGAGAUGUUUUAAGACAACACCAUAAUAAAGACACGUCUUGUUACCAAAGUACACAAAAAGAAAAAGAAAAACUCACUGAUAUCCUACUGUACCCAUAACAACAUAAACAUUCUAAGGGCUGAGUGUUAAAGUUUUAGGAGUACGAUGUGCCAAACAAAUUGUGACCAAGGGAGAAUGGUUCAGCCUGAAAUGUACUGUAUAGGACAUCUUUAACUGGGGAGCCUAAUGUUUCUGUCCUGUUUCACUGUUCUGUUUCACUGUUCUGUUUCACUGUCCUGUUUCACUGUCCUGUUUCACUGUUCUGUUUCACUGUCCUGUUUCACUGUCCUGUUUCACUGUUCUGUUUCACUGUUCUGUUUCACUGUCCUGUUUCACUGUCCUGUUUCACUGUUCUGUUUCACUGUCCUGUUUCACUGUCCUGUUUCACUGUCCUGUUUCACUGUUCUGUUUCACUGUCCUGUUUCACUGUCCUGUUUCACUGUUCUGUUUCACUGUCCUGUUUCACUGUCCUGUUUCACUGUCCUGUUUCACUGUCUCUGUGUUGCAGUGGUAUUUCAGCUUGGCAUUUCUGUGAUCACACCCCUCUCCAACACAUUCCUACUACAGGCUAGGUUCACAUUGAUAUGCAGUUAACAUGGCUUAAUAUUGAAAUCCAUGAGCCUGAAUCUAGAUGCUAACAGUCUACAUCUUGCCAAAAAGUCUUAAGACGCUCAAACUCACCCUACCCAAUAACCCAGUUAGUUACCCUACCCAAUAACCCAGUUACCCUACCCAAUAACCCAGUCACCCUACCCAAUAACCCAGUUACCCUACCCAAUAACCCAGUUACCCUACCCAAUAACCCAGUUACCCUACCCAAUAACCCAGUUACCCUACCCAAUAACCCAGUCAUCCUACCCAAUAACCCAGUCACCCUACCCAAUAACCCAGUUACCCUACCCAAUAACCCAGUUACCCUACCCAAUAACCCAGUUCGUUACCCUACCCAAUAACCCAGUUACCCUACCCAAUAACCCAGUCACCCUACCCAAUAACCCAGUUACCCUACCCAAUAACCCAGUCACCCUACCCAAUAACCCAGUUAGUUACCCUACCCAAUAACCCAGUUAGUUUACCUACCCAAUAACCCACUCACCCUACCUAGUUACCCUACCCAAUAACCCAGUUAGUUACCCUACCCAAUAACCCACUUACCCUAACCAAUAAUUCAGUUACCCCACCCAAUAACCCAGUUACCCUACCCAAUAACCCAGUUACCCUACCCAAUAACCCAGUUACCCUACUCAAUAACCCAGUUACCCUACCCAAUAACCCAGUUACACUACUCAAUAACCCAGUUACCCUACUCAAUAACCCAGUUACCCCAACCCAGUACAUAUUCAAUUGGUUUGUAACUUUAUUUAUUUGAAUUUAUAGAUUUUAUUUUUAAAGCGACAGUACAAAUAAAAAAUAACUAAUGUCGAUGUCCGCCUCCCCUGCGGAAAUCUAAUUAGCAUAAUCAAAAAAUCUGUCACUUUAAACUAGAGAUAACAUUUUUUUUUGUUGCUGUAGAUGCGUCUCAAUCCAUGCAACACUUCCACAUCAGCGGUGAACAGUGACAGAGCUAGAGCAGUGUUUGUCAGACCAUGAGACUUCCUGAAAAUUGGUCUUCUCACAUUAUCGUCUGUAGCGUCCGAACGGUUUGGGCUACACACUACACUAAACCAUCUGUGGAAAGGUGAGACUCUCACAAACACGUACAUGUUGGUUGUUUUGCUCUUGGACGCCCACAGUCCUCACAAGACUCAUCUGAAGGUCCCCGGUACCAGUUGAAAAAAUGUAUGGAAGUCUAUAUGGAGACUGUUUAGUGCUAAAAAUAAGGGGUUAAAUACAUGUAAAUCAAAUAACAAAUGUUUCCUGAUCUUUCUUAUAUCUCUCAGAUUUAGGACAGACACUUUAGAACAAACUUCCUUUAGAUUUUUUUUCACACAACACAUCUCAACCAUCACACAACACAUCUCAACCAUCACGCAACACAUCUCAACCAUCACGCAACACAUCUCAACCAUCACGCAACACAUCUCAACCAUCACGCAACACAUCUCAACCAUCACGCAACACAUCUCAACCAUCACGCAACACAUCUCAACCAUCACGCAACACAUCUCAACCAUCACGCAACACAUCGCAACCAUCACGCAACACAUCUCAACCAUCACGCAACACAUCUCAACCAUCACACAACACAUCUCAACCAUCACACAACACAUCUCAACCAUCACACAACACAUCUCAACCAUCACACAACACAUCGCAACCAUCACGCAACACAUCUCAACAACACUUCACAACGGCUGCUUUAGAUAACAGGGGAUUCCACCCAUUGGGUCAAAAGUAUUUCCUUAGUUACGCCAAACAAUGUGUUAACCACCAUUGAAAUUGGUGGCUUUCCUUUGGUUGUUGGUUGGUUGGGGUUUCUGUGUGGGAGAUCUUGUCACGAGCUGAUUGACAAUGGAUAUUAUUCUAGUUCUGUUGACUGGUUGAAGAUGUACUAUUACUAGAAGAUUAUCAUUGUGCAGGAGAAAUGACAUGUCAUCCUGUGUAUGUAUCCAAUCCAUUUUGUCUACUAGAAAUCAUUGUCAUUUUCUG